AUGACGCGUGGAGAAUACCGGGAUCAGUCAAAGAUUCUCGUUGGCCAUACACCCGUUCCCACAUUCUUGGGGGUUCUCUAUCCACGUUCUACGAUUCCACGGGGACACGAAAUACUCCAUCUCUUUCCCUUUAUAUCUUCCAACCCCCCCCCCCCCCCAAGAACUCGUGGUUCAAAGAAGCUUUCUUCUUGCCAACCCUCAUCGAGCCCUCGGCCCUGCACUUUCCAAAACUCUAAGUCAAUUCCUUAUCAUUGUACCAGAUUUGCUACCGGUAGCCAAGUAGUAAUGCAUCGACUCAAUCGAGCUGCGAGCUGUGAGGCAGACACCGAAGGAUUUAAUCCCUUUUGUCGACUGCGUCAACACCGUCGGAGAAAAGCACUCUCUCGGUUAAGGAACAGGUAUUCUUCACAGGAUGGGCCGAAUAAGGAUAGGGAAAGGGUAGCCACGGCAAGAUCGCCCCCGACAGCCGAGGAGAGCUUUGGUUCUCAAGCCACCGUUGUUCCCGAGGGGCCUAAUCGAGUGGACACCAUAACCAUGGAGGAAGGUCGACCACAGAUGGCAAACAUACAGAGAAUGUCUCAUUACUCAGAAAAGGAGAUGGAAGAACACAAAACCAUCUGGGGACAGUUCAAAGCUGCAAUAUUUAACAGUUGGAUUAACGUGUUGCUCGUGUUUGCUCCCGUGGGAAUUGCUACACAUUAUGCUGGGGUUGAUCCGACAAUCGUUUUUGUAAUGAAUUUUGUUGCUAUUAUACCUUUAGCCGCCUUAUUGUCAUACGGAACGGAAGAGAUUGCGUUGUAUUGUGGUGAUGUUUUGGGUGGUCUGUUGAAUGCUAGUUUUGGUAAUGCGGUGGAACUCAUAAUCUCGAUACUCGCACUGGUUAAGGGUGAGAUAGUGAUUGUCCAAACAUCACUCAUUGGAAGCAUUCUCAGCAAUCUGCUACUCGUGCUUGGCUUGUCUUUCAUCGCGGGCGGUUACAAUCGUAUCCAGCAAAGCUUCAACACUACCGUUGCUCAAACUGCCAGUAGUCUUCUGGCCCUUGCGGUAGGUAGCCUGGUCGUACCCACAGCAUUCCACAUGGCUGGACCUUCCAACACGGGUAUUACAGAACUUAGCCGUGGCACUGCCGUCAUCCUACUGUUGGUUUACGCAUCCUAUCUUCUAUUUCAGCUCAAAACCCACAGUGACAUUUACAACGAACCCUCGGAGAAAUCACCCAAGCGAAACCACGAAGAAAGGGAGGAACCGGACCUUACGUUGUGGGCUGCUGUUAUUUUGUUGGCUGUGAGCACGGCGCUUGUUGCUAUCUGCGCCGAAUGCUUGGUUGACUCAAUCGAUCAUCUCGUCACCAGCGCAGGUAUCAGCAGGGUCUUUGUUGGGCUGAUUCUGCUCCCGAUUGUGGGAAACGCUGCAGAGCAUGCUACUGCCGUUACUGUGGCAAUAAAGGAUAAAAUGGAUCUUUCGAUUGGCGUCGCUGUUGGAUCUUCGAUGCAGAUCGCCCUUCUUGUUAUUCCGUUUAUUGUUGUGCUUGGCUGGAUCAUUGGAGAAGAUGAGAUGACAUUAUACUUUGACGGGUUCCAAGUUAUGAUUCUGUUUGUAUCGGUCCUGUUGGUGAAUUAUCUGAUCCAGGAUGGCAAAUCAAAUUAUCUUGAGGGAAAUUUGUUAGUUGCGCUAUAUGCGAUUGUUAGCCUCGCAUCUUUCUUCUAUCCAGAGGAGGGUCCAUUAGCGCAGGUUUCCGAAUAACGUCAUACUCUUUCCUUCACUCCUUCUCUCAAAGCUCAUAUGUUUAAUCGUUUGGGAUAUGGUUGUUUUUUGUUUAUUGUUUGUCUAUUUUGUAAUCAUACUGUGUCGCAAUUCCCUGUAUGCCGAGUCUUUUGUUUUCAUAUUUGGUGUAGAAUGUAUCAUAGUAUAUCACUCGAGAGCUUCAUCGGUGGAUCGUGUCUGCCGUAGCAAUGUGCAGUGGCUAUAGAAGAAAUGUUAGUAGACAUAAAAUAAAUUAAUCAAAUAGGAA